CGAGCGCCGCCGCUAUGGCUGGGGCCGGGCUCUGGGCGAGCAUCAAGUCCCUGCUAGGGAAGAGCGAGGACCCUCUGUUCCUGAACGACUCCAGUGCCUUUGACUUCUCGGAUGAGGUGGGGGAUGAGGACUUCCCCAGGUUUAACAAGCUGCGUGUGGUGGUGGCGGACGACGGCUCGGAGGCGGCCCCGGAGACGCCGGUGAACGGGGCGUCCCCGGGGCUGCCGUCCGACGACGAGUCCCUGCUGGAGCGGGACAUCGCCCUGCGCAGCGCCCGGGCCGGCCGGCCGGACCCCUGCAGCGGCUGCAGCCGCCGGCGAGAGCGCUCCAAGCAGAGGAAGGUGAAGAAGCGGCUGACGCUCGCUGCCCUCCUCUACCUCCUCUUCAUGACGGGGGAGCUCAUAGGUGGCUAUGUUGCUAACAGUCUAGCAAUUAUGACAGAUGCACUUCACAUGCUCACUGACCUUAGUGGUAUUAUUUUGACCCUCCUUGCUCUCUGGCUGUCUGCAAAAUCUCCAACAAAGAGAUUCACUUUUGGAUUUCAUCGCUUAGAAGUACUGUCAGCCAUCAUUAGUGUACUGCUGGUCUAUAUCCUUAUGGCAUUCCUGUUGUAUGAGGCUGUUCAGAGAACAAUCCAUAUGGACUAUGAAAUAAAUGGUGAUAUCAUGCUCAUCACAGCAGCCGUUGGUGUUGCAGUUAACUUAAUAAUGGGAUUUUUGCUGAAUCAAUCUGGCCACCUUCACUCCCACUCCCAUUCCCACGCUCACUCUCAUGUACCUCAGCCAAGCUCUCCAAGCGCAGCCCAGGGCAGCAGCCACGGGCACAGCAGCCACGGGCACAGCAGCCAUGGGCACAGCAGCCAUGGGCACAGCAGCCUGGCAGUGAGAGCAGCCUUUGUGCACGCCCUGGGGGACCUGGUGCAGAGCAUUGGGGUGCUUGUAGCUGCCUACAUCAUCCGCUUUAAGCCAGAAUACAAGAUUGCUGAUCCUAUAUGUACAUAUGUGUUUUCCAUACUGGUGGUUUUUACAACAGUUCGAAUUCUGUGUGACACGGGAGUUAUUAUUCUGGAAGGAGUUCCAAGGCACUUAAAUGUGGAUCGCAUCAAGGAAGACUUGAUGAAAAUUGAGGAUGUUUAUUCUAUAGAAGAUUUAAAUGUUUGGUCUCUCACUGCAGGGAAAACAACUGCCAUAGUCCACUUGCAACUAGUUCCUGGUAGUUCAUCUAAAUGGGAGGACGUUCAGUCCAAGGCCCGGCAGCUGCUGCUGAACACGUUCGGAAUGUACAAGUGCUCUGUCCAGCUUCAGAGCUACAAACAGGAAAUGAGCAAAACCUGUGCGAAUUGUCAGAGUUCCAGUGCCUAAUUUCAUAUGUUUUGGGAACUGCUGCCUUAUUCUUUACCUUGUGUAGUCAAAGACUGAGAGCAAUAAAUACAAAAUGAAAAUUAUCCAAUAGUAACCAUUAAUAUGUGGAUUUGUACCAUGGGACAUGCAGCAGGGAGAACCGGUGCUGCAAAAAGUGCAGUGGUUGCCCUACAGAACAUUUAUUUCACUCUCUCCGUUGUACUGGUCUAUUCAAUUUAUUAUGGUUUUGAGACAAAGCUGGGUUUGGAUUAUUGUUUACAAACUGGAACGUGGCUCUGCAGAUACCUCACAAAUUACAGUCCAAUAUUGUCCUUUAAACAUUACGUACCACAAAGUACCUGCACUCCAAAAGGAGCAUCAGGCAUUCAGUAUUUCAGUCAAAAGUCUCUAAAGCUGAUCAUACCAGGGUUGCACAAUAUAUCAUGAUCCCCAAAUUCAUUCUUCAGUAUUUUUGCAAUAGUAAUUUUCACACAGUAUCUCAAAUUAUUAACAUGUACAUUAAGUUGAAUUCUUGUGGAAACUGUCUCUUUGGAGAGACUGUAAAUUACAGAAUUUACUGUACCCAGACCAGAAAGUUAGCUUUAAUCUGGGCAUUCAGAGAUCCAGACAGGAAGAUCCUUGCCCAGACUUCUGGUAUUUAUCUAGAGACCCAACACUGGACCCAAAGUGUUUUAAGUGAUCAGUUAUCUUUAAUGUGUUUUAGAAUAGGAUUUAUACAUUAGAAACAGGUUAUUUAUUUUAUAAAGUUUUGACUUGUAAGAGGAAUUUAUUAUUAAUAAUCUUGAAUGUCUAAACCAUAAUUUGAUUCACAUUAAAAGGCCAGUUGAUUAGCAUGCGUUCUAAUUGUAAUUAAUAAAUGUCCUGUAA